AUGGUUGGAAAUCGCAUCACCAAUGUCGCUAUUGUCGGAGCGAGUGGAAACAGUGGUCGUUUCAUGGCGCAAGCAAUUCUUGAAACUGGGAAACAUACCUUGACUGCUCUCACUCGAGCUGGUAGUAAUGCCAAUCUUCCUGCCGGCGUCAUUUGCAAAGUCAUCGACUAUACCAAGCCCGAGACCAUUGUCGCAGCUCUCAGAGGCCAAGACGCUCUAGUCGUCACCUUGCCAGGCCAGGCGCCUCUCGAAACCGAGGUAGCUCUUAUUGAGGCUGCCGGCGAGGCGGGUGUCUCAUGGAUAUUGAACGACUGGGCAGUCGACACACAGCAUGAAGACUUAGUCAAAGAUGUGCCCCCACUGCAGAAAAAGGUGAGCGUGCGCAAAGCGAUCGAGAAGCUGGGAAAAAGCAAUUACAUCAGUUUGUGCACCAGCUUUUGGUAUGAAUGGAGCAUGGCUAUUCCUGAUGCGUUUGGUAUCGAUCUCAUCAAUCAUACCGCCAUCUUUUUUGACGAAGGAGACACACGUAUUACCAUUUCGACCUGGCCCCAGGUCGGUCGCGCCGUGGCGGCUAUUCUGAGCCUCCCCGUCAAAGCCGAGGGCUCUGCAGCCUGCUUGGAGACAUUGAAGAACAAAGUCGUGUACUGCAAGUCCUUUACUAUAAAUCAACAGGAAAUGCUUGAGUCUGCUUGUCGAGUCACUCAGACGACCAAGGACGACUGGGAAAUCUCCAAGGUGCCAUGCGAAAAGCGCUAUGAGGAAGGAAAACAGCAGAUGAACAAAGGCGACUUCGACGGAUUCGUGAAGGUGCUUUACACGCGUGUAUUUUAUCCCGAUGGUUGUGGGAACAUUGAUCACAAGGGAACUAUCAACGAGCUUCUGGGUCUUCCGGUAGAAGACCUCGAUACGGCGACCCUGGCUGCUAUCGAAAGAGCCAAAGCUCAGCCUUGA